GAACAUGUCAGAGAGUAAUAACUCAUCCAACCCACCUCAUGGMACAAACAGUAGCUCUGUGGCCAUAGCYAUCCUUGUGCCUUUUUUCGCCCUGAUAUUUGCAGGCUUCGGGUUUUAUCUUUACAAACAGAGGACUACUCCUAAAACCCAGUACACAGGCUGCUCCGUCCACGAGAACAACAACGGCCAGGCGGCCUUCGAGAACCCCAUGUACAACACCAGCGCCAAGUCGGUGGAAGGCAAAGCUGUCCGGUUUGACCCCAACCUGAACACAGUCUGCACAAUGGUAUAAUGAAGUCCGCUUGACGACCGCUACCGCAAAAACUGCAUCGUGUUUUUCUUAUUUUAUAUCAAGGUAAAAAAAAAGAACAACAAAAGUGCUUUUGCGAAACAAGCUGAUUUUGUUUAGAUCGAGACUGGAGAUAGCGAUGGAGACACUCCAAUAGAGGCGUGUCAGACAUUUUUGGGGAGACGAACAGAGGAACAAGGAACCGUUCCUCUGGUACAUAAAGCACACUCUUCAGGAACCUUGACUGGGUCAUGUGUGUCGAGAAGGACACUCACUGGGAGACCAGACCAACAUCACGUUUUAGAAGACUGAACUGAGAACUGAGAAACAUGAAAAUCUUCACGGUGGUCGGCGAGUGGCCUGGAGAGUUCUUACGCUACCUUAUUAUAUUGCACUCUGCGAGUGCUUCUUCACAGUCGAUUGGGUCUUUUAUAUAAAGUGAAAAGGAUCUGUAAAUCUUCUUCUUGCAUAUAUAGGAGGAGCAUUCACCACCUAUAUUUUUGUAUUAUAUAUUACCACAUGGGAGGGGCCAAAGGGAGAGAGAUUAUAUGAAGAGUUUAUAGAAAAGAGAAGAAAAAAAGAUAUUUCAGAAUAUGCUGUUCACAUCGUCAAACACACAAAGGUAUUUUUUGGUUAAUUUUUUAAAGGUUAAACCGUUUUUUAAAACAACGGUUUUGACCGUGACUCCCUCUCCUUUAGCCUCAGUCCCAUAUUCUGUGUUUCUUUUCCACUGUGGCAAUCAGAAGUGUUUGAACUAUUGAUGUUAACUGUGAUGUGAAUAGAAAGGUUUUCUGGAAAAUAUUUAACUCUUAUUUUCCAUUUUGGAUCAUACUUUGGAUCAUACUUUGGUAACGUUAUUAGCCUUUACAGCCAUCUUCAUUCUGAUCUAAAUAAGGAAUGUCAGUAUUGAGAUCUUAAAGUCUGCAAAUUAAAACUUAUUUUAAAUGAG